UGAUUUCAGGAACGCACUUUUAAUGGCAGGUUUGUCAUGUUGAUUUCGAUAUUCCGUAAUUUAUUGGUGUAGAGAAAUGACUUUUAUAAUUUAUUCUUUUCAUUGAAUUAGAAGGAAGUAACAAAGAAAUAUAAAAGAAGUGUGAACGAGUUGUAAUCUGUAAAUGCAAGAACAGUUUAUUAUUAAAUCAUCAAGCAAAUACCAAGUUGUCACUAUUAAUAUCUUUGAAUCGAUUUAUCUACGAAAAUAAUCUUGCGUUUGCCGUGAAUAUAUUAUCGUUAUGUCAACAAAGUUAUGAGCUAAUCGGUUGGUUAAGCAGUGAAAAUGUCGCUAGAACGCGAGAGUGUGGGCGGAGUGCCUAAUGUGGGGGAUAUACGAGGGGUUGUAGGCCCCAGCGUGGGCGGCAGCGGCGCCGACCCCCGCUCGCAGCUGCUGCAGGAGAUGAGAGAACAGAACUUUGACCUGAUCAGAUUUGCCUCAUACAGGACUGCUUGCAAGCUCCGCUAUGUCCAAAAGAAAUGUAACUUACACGUAAUAGACAUAUGGAACGUAAUAGAGGCGUUCCGUGAGAACGCACUGAACACAUUGGAGCCGACCGCUUGCGUGAACGUAACCAGACUUGAGACGUUGGUAUCAUCACUGUAUCACAACUUAAACAAAAGACUGCCGCCCGCUCACCAGGUGUCUGUUGAAGCAUGUUCUGCGUUAUUGUUGAAUUGGCUGCUCUCUGCUUAUAGUACUGGUGAAAAUGUGGGCAAAAUAAGAGUGUUUUCAAUCAAAGUGGCAUUGGCCACUAUGUGUGCCGGCAAGCUGAUGGAUAAGCUAAGAUAUAUAUUCUCCCAACUCUCUGACGGCAAUGGGCACCUACUCAUGAAGAGAUUGUCAGACUACCUGCGAGAGGUGUUAGCUCUACCCGCGGCGGUCUACGAGUCGCCCUCCUUCAAUUACACGGAUUCACUUGCACUUACUAUAUUUAAUCAGAACGGCAAGAUCACAGUGAAUGACUUCUUAGACACAUUGAUGUCGGACCCCGGGCCGCCGUGCCUGGUGUGGCUGCCGCUACUGCACCGCCUCGCUAGCGUCGAAAAUGUGGUCCACCCGUUAGCAUGCAGCGCCUGUCGCCGCGGCUCCCUCACUGGUUUCCGGUACCGCUGCACCCGCUGCGCCAACUACACCAUGUGCCAGGACUGCUUCUGGCGAGGCCGAGUCUCCGCCCCACACACCAACGACCACGAGGUCAAGGAGUACGCCGCCUACAAAUCUCCGUCGAAGCAGAUAGGCGCUACGCUGCGCAAGUCGUUCCGCUGCGUGCCGGAGCGGGCGCGGGCACCACUGCCGCGCUACCCCGACCAGCCCGAGCGGACGCUCAACCUUAGCCAUAUCGUUCCGCCGUCUCCAGUGCCGGCACACAACGGUUUCCCGGAGUACGUGGGCGGCUACGUGAACACUGGCUCGCUCGACUCCCGGUCUUCCCGCUCCACGCAUCGCAGUAUAGCGGAACACUUAUCCCGUGGCGUGGAUGAUGAACAUCGUCUCAUAGCGAGAUAUGCGGCGCGACUGGCGCACGAGAACAGAACUAUGCCAAGAGCAGGCCGAUCAGCGUCACUUACUCCGGAAUUGGGUCGUUCGUCAUCUGAAGGUUCGGAAGUGGACGCGGCGCGGCAGCAACGUGAACUGAUCUCACAGUUGGAGGCCAAGAAUAGGGAGAUCAUGCGGGAGAUCGCUAGGCUCAGACGUCAACAAGAAGCGGAAGCCAGUGCAGGGGGCGCCACAUCGGCCCCCCUGGUGUCGGAGCUGCGCCUGCUGCGCCAGCGCAAGGACGAGCUGGAGGGACACCUGUCCUCGCUGCAGGAGUCGCGCAAGCACCUCAUGCACCAGCUCGAGGGACUCAUGAGGAUGCUCAAGACGCAACAAUCAUCUCCCCGAUCUACGCCGAACUCGUCUCCUCGUUCGACCAAAAGCCCGCCUCUGCCGGGGGCCGGGCCUCAACCAAGUGCUCCAGAAAGGGAGCCGCCACCGCGAGGUACGGUACGCAGCGCCCCUCAGACGCCAUCGCUCGGUGAAAGAGAACGAAUUGAUAUGUCGCACAGUCUCGGUAUGGAAAGCAUGGGAGGUGAUGCUAGAAACUUCCAUCAAAAUCAGCGACCCACUAACAUGGGCAUAGACAACCGUAGCCUCCGCAGCGACCUGCUGUAUGCGGCGGACUCGGUCACCAACGCGAUGUCGACCCUCGUGCGGGAACUCAACUCGGAAGGCUCCGAUACGGAGGAUACCGUAAAAGGAGACAGCAGAAAGCAAAGAGAUUUCGAAGAAGACGAUGACAGUGACGAGCCGAUGCCGCGGCCGCAGCCACCGCGACACUACUUACACGAUAACAACGUACAGGACACGCCCCCGCCGCUGCCCGCGCGUACCGGCCACUACUACCCUCGCACAUAGCUACAUAACUAACCUAUGUACUAUAUUAUAUACAAUAUAACUUACAUAGACAUAAUCCUACUAUAUACGGCAAACUCUGUUCACUAUCAUUUUUACUUUACCUACCUUAAAAAUGCUAUAUAUCUUAUGUUCUCUGAGUUUCCAUGACAAUUUGGUACCAUGUCAAAAAUUAAGAAAAUAUACACGAUCAAUAGUAGACUGACGUUCAGGGUAUACCUAAAGGGGUACCGAAUGUUCUGUGCAUUUGACAGCUGUCAGUUUUCCAAGGAAAAUAGAAGAUAAAAUGAUCGUUGACGAUAGAUCAUUAUUAUUAGCUUUCAGUCUAUUAUUGAUCGUGAACACGGAUCUGAACACGGAUUUCAGCUACCAAUUAGGUAAUUGAAAAAAGUUGAUGCAUAUAUGGGUUAAAAAGUAGUUUUGGGUAUUUUUCUGUUAAUAAAUUCAAUGCAGAAAUGGACUAUAUUUACCGCUUACCUAUAUUAUGUACCAUUGGUAAAAAAAUAUUGUUUUAGGCGAGAUGUUCAAACGAAUGCAUGAGAGAUGAUUUAGAAUUUUCUAGAACAAACAGUUCUAUUUUUUUGGUUUUACAAACA